UGUGGAUAGUCUAACACGUUGCAAAGGAGGGGACCGUUUAGUUUGAAUUCUCACACUUCGGAGCCAAACUAUGGAAUCUGGAAGAACAAGUUUUGAGGUCUGAAAUUCAGAUUCUGAGUUAUCCGAGUGAGUUUCAAAUUUUGAGACCCACUUCCCAAAGAUGGUUGCUAGAAGCCCACCAAAGCAUAACAAAAUGUUAGCUGUUCUCAAUCGUUCUCUAAUCAGAGAAACACUCAACAAGGUGGAUCAGUGCAUGGUUCGAUUACAAGAACUUCAGUACACGGUGGCCGGUGGAAAUAAGGUUGUCUCAGGGGUAAGUCUCAGCCCUCGCAGCACCAGAGGUUAUCUGCGAACCAGUCUAAGGUGCAAGCAAGAAUCAGUCAGGAUCAAGCAUGAUGCACCAAGAAGAUCUCCACCGGGGAAGUUUCCUAAGCCAACAAAUUCAGAAGGUAAAGAAUGGAGGCAAAUGUCACUGCCUUCAAUGCUUGUUGGCGAAACUGUUGGAGAAAUUUUAAAGGCAAGUCAAUUUGCCAGCGAAAUAGUCUCAGCAGUUAGUAGGAAAACUGCCACCAAGGAACCAAAAACUCCACAGUCCCAACGGUCAAACCAGAAAGUUGACACUGAAAACACACAACUCAAUGCUAGAAGGAGGAAAGAGAAGCAAAUUAAACCACUUUCUGAUACCCCACCAUCUCAAUGGGCUCGUUCAAGGAUUAACUUCAAGGUUUCUCCUCCAAAAAGAACAGUAGAGUUUGACAAAGAGAAUAAUAACAAGUGUUUGCCAAAUAGGGCAUGUGCUAGCAGUAGUACUAACAAGACAGUGCUUGUCCCCAAACCUUUAUUCUUGUCUACACAUUCUUCAAGGCAACAACUAUUUUGCAAGACAAAAUCUCAUGUCAUAUCAAGAAACAUAGGAACACAACAAAAGUGUUUGAUCAUGUCCCCACCUUCAGCAGCUUCCAAAGUUCAAGUCAAAGUAAAAAACCCAUCAAUUAUGUUUAUUUCUUCUUCACCCACAAGACCUACAAAUACAAGUUUGAGUUUGAGCAAGAAGAGUUCUCCAACAAAGAGAUGGGUUCGAACUUUCUCUCCUAGAGUGGCAACAAGAUUAUUAGCUUCACCAAUAAAGAGCAAGAAAACUGUGCAAAAAAGUGAUGGGGUAGUAAAUUUGAGGAAGUGUUCUCCAAAGAGAUCAGUUGCAUCAAAACUAUGUCGAUCUUUCUCUCCUUCAAGGCUGGCAACAAGAUUUGUUUCACCAUUGAAGAGCAGGAAAAGGGCACAGCAAAGCGAUGGGUUAGUAAGUGGAUUGAAACAACGCCCAGCAAAGUGACAUGCUACUCUCUUUUUUUUUUUUAAGCUUUGAUGAGGUCAAUAAUAUCUUAAUUCUCAAGAGUUUGAAGGGUUUUUAUUAUCUUUUUAGAGUAGUAAAUAAGCUUCUAACUUAAAAAAUAAUGCUAGCUCCUAGAGAGUGUUUGUGUGAAUA